GAACCUUCAAGCACAAUGUCGAAACAGGUCCAAACCAAAGAGCAUCGCCAACUUCCCGUCAAGUUCAGCGUCAUUCCCGAGACGACGCAGAGUCCUUUCAAGGACCUCUUUCCCGCCUACAGCGAAGGUCUGGUGCAGGGUGAACCCGGUAACUUUGUCUACCACCCGCUGUACGGAGCCAACGCAGACAAGUUCUACAACUUCCCCAUCCGCAAAGAUGACGUCUGGAUCCGCACCUUCCCCCGAUCAGGAACGACGUGGACUUCCGAAUUGGCUUGGCUCAUUAUGAACGAUUGCAAUUUCGAUGAGGCCAACAAAGUUCCAUUGACUGUUCGUUCACCCAACAUCGACACAUGUUACGCCACCAACUGGGAAGCUAAAGCGACGGCAGAAUUAAAAGACGCUUUGCCAACGUUGGACAAAAUGGCCGAUUUGCCUUCACCGCGAGUCCUGAAAAGCCACUUGCCCGCCUACCUACUCCCGCCAGAUUUGCUAGACACUUGCAAGGUCAUUUACGUGGCUCGCAACCCAAAAGACGCUAUCGUCUCCUUCUACUAUUUCCAUCAAAUGGUCAAAUUCUUCCAAUUCACAGGGACGUUGGAACAAUUCGCCGAAUACUUUAUGCAAAACAAGCUUGUAUGGACACCUUACUUUCCUAUUGUGCUCGAUGCUUGGGCCAAAAAGGACCACCCAAAUUUGCUCUUCCUCUUCUACGAAGACAUGAAAAAGGACAUCAGGAAAGAAAUCAAGAAAAUUGCCGCCUUUUUGAACAAAACUCUGACACCAGAGCAGAUUGAGAAAUUGGUCGAUCACGUCAAGGUGGACAAUUUUUCAAAGAACGCGUCAGUCAACAUGACGAUGGAAAUCAAAUCCGGUUUUACCAACGAAGGUCAUUCCUUCGUUCGCAAAGGCAAAACGGGCGACUGGAAAAAUCAUUUCAGCCCGGAAUUGAACAGCCGGAUCGACGCGUGGAUCGAAAAGAAUUUAGCCGGCAGCGAUUUGAAAUUCGUCACUGAACUAGAAGAACAAGAUUGAACGUGUCAAUAAAGAAUCAAACCGUUGAAUGUUGGACGCAAUUCAAAUAACUUGGAUCGCAAUACAAACUCGUUUGAUUAU